CACCUAUGUGUGUUCUUCGUGCGUCCACAUUUUUGAGAGCUAUAAGAAGCAAUGUGAAACUAGGCCUAUCACUUUGAAAGAGUGUUUGCUUCUGCGCCUGCGUGUUUCCUUUGAGACUGAAAGUUUGAAUCGGCAGAUCUCCGUGUUUCUCCAUCAUGUCGGGUCACGGCCAUGGGCACGGAGGCGGCGGGGGGCACGGCCACGGCCACGGCGGGUGCGAAGGGGAGCAUGAGCCGGCCGAAAGGGGUCUCGAGUACGCACUCUAUCAGCGCAUAGAUACCGAGAAGCUGCAGUGCCUCAACGAGAGUCGGGAGGGAGACGGCAAGCUUGUGUUCAAAGCUUGGGAUCAGCGCACAGAUCGAGAAAAGUUCGUUGAGAGUGAUGCAGACGAAGAACUUCUCUUCAACAUCCCGUUUACUGGCAGUGUGAAACUAAAGGGAAUCAUCAUAUCAGGAGAGGAUGAUGAGACACACCCUGCCGAGAUUCGACUGUACAAGAACAUACCCCACAUGUCUUUUGACGACGUGGGCCGAGAACCCGAUCAGGCAUUUCGUCUCAACCGUGACCCCCAGGCCCAGCUGGAGUAUCCCACCAAAAUUGCUCGUUUCACCAACGUGAACCACCUCUCCAUCCAUGUGUCGAAAAACUUUGGCACCGAGACCACCCGCGUUUAUUACAUCGGGCUGCGGGGAGAGUUCUCUGAAGCUUACAGACAUGAGGUGACCAUCUGUAACUACGAGGCCUCAGCCAACCCCGCAGACCACAAGGUCGACACCUUCAUCCCCCAGACCAACUUCAUCUCCUGAAGAACCGGGGAGGGGAGAGACUGAGAGACGAGGGGAUGCUCAAUGGCUUCCACCCACAGGAUCACUGGAGAGCUGUGGCCUGUUGCGCUGGGCCGAAGAAAAAUAAAACCUUUUUUUUUUUUUUUGCAGGGCUUGUUGUCAGGGAUGCAAUGCACAGAGUUUGGGUUUUGACAGAGCUUUUCGCUUCGUGCUGAAGAUAACGCAGGGUUUGGUAUCGCUCUGAAAGUGCCUUGUUGUGGCUGUUGGUGCGUAACAAUAAAACAUGGAAUACACUUUGUGCAACAUGAAAGCAAAUCAUCAUGAUGAAUAAAGGUGGCUUUCUGAAAGGUUUGUGGUGUGGAUGAUUC